AUGAUUGCCGAGUUCGAUUUGGUAAUGCAAGAACAUCUUCGACGUAUUAAAAACCAUGAAGUUUAUCAUCAUUAUCUUGGUCCUUCAAUCCAAAAUGAAUUAAUCGCAUUGUUGGCACGUCAUGUGAAAGAUAAAAUUGUUCAGAAAAUUCAAGAAGCAAAGUGGACGACUCGACGGGAAGGACUUUUUAAUAAACUGGAAGAGCUCUUGCAGAACCUGAACCUUGAUAUUCGUAAUGUUAGAGGGCAAGGGUACGAUAAUGGAGCUAAUAUGACCGGAAAGAAUAAAGGGGUGCAAAAGAGACUACUAAAGGUAAAUCCUCGAGCUUUUUAUAUGCCUUGUGCUUGUCAUAGUCUUAACCUUGCACUUUGUGAUAUGGCCAGUUCAUGUCCUAGAGCAGUCUCCUUUUUCCAAGUGGUGCAACAUAUAUAUAACUUCUUCUCAGGAUCUACAAAACGUUGGACGGUGUUUAAGAAACAUGUAAAAGGUCUUACGGUUAAACCAUUAUCAGAUACUCGGUGGGAGAGUCAUAUAGAAGCUAUCAAAGCAAUCCGAUUUCAAGCUCCCGAAAUACGAGAUGCCUUAAUAGAGCUGUCGACUUCGGCUGAUUUUGAUGCGAAGACAAGGGGUACUGCUUAUUCCAUAUUGACACGAGAGAUUGAUAAUUUUGAGAUUAUACUUGGUAUGGUUGUUUGGCAUAGAGCACUACUUGCGGUUAACUCAGUGAGCAUUAAACUUCAAACCGAAGAUAUGAAUCUUGAUGAUGCCGUUACUAAACUAAAAGAUCUUGUUUCUUUCUUUAAGGAUUACAGAAGGAAUGGAUUUGAGGGGGCAUUGGAAGAAGCUAAAAUACUUGCAACAUCCAUGAAUAUAGAGCCUAUUUUUUAUGAGGUACGAGUACGAAAAAGAAAAAAGCACUUUGAUGAAAUCGAUGAGAUAGAGGAAGUACAACCACCACUGCAAGAAAAAUUAAGGUCUCUUGAUGAUAGUACCUUACGGAAUUCUUGUGUGAAACUUGAAAAGUACCUAAGCUAUGAAAUGGAAUUCGAUAUCAAUGGGGAUGAGUUUAUACGGAGUUGA